GAGUACGUUGUUGUGAAUGAACACAUGUCUUCGUCCAGUGCUCAGAAGUACUGCAGGGAGAACUUCAUAGACCUGGCCACUGUGAGGAAUGAGAUCCAGAACCAGCAGCUCCAAAGCUUAGACAGCAAUUGGGCAUGGAUUGGUUUAUUUAGAGAUCCUAAUUUUUACUGGUCUGAUGGGAGCAGCUUCUCUUUCAGCCACUUUGAUGAUGUUGACAAUCAAAAUGGCUCAGAGAGAGUCAUGUGCGGAGUUUCAUCUCCGCACAGAGCAGGAAGAUGGAGAUUUUUGGACUGCAAUAUCAGAAUACCAUUUGUCUGCUACAGCAUACCUGAAGUAAAGAAGCAGGUAGUGAAGCUGAGGAUCAAACUGGACGACUCCUCUGUGGAUCCCAACGACCCUGCUGUGAAAGCAGAGCUCCUGAAAAAGCUCCAGGACAGACUGAAGGAGAAAGGAGUGAGUGGAGUCACCCUGAAGUGGAGAGAGCAGCCUGAUGGGAAAGUCUGCCACAAAGAGGUUCCACAAAGAACUACACCUGCAUGUUAGCUGAACUCUUCAGAUACGUGUGUUGAUGAAAGUGUAGCAUCACUAUAUUAUGUUUGAAACUCUCAUAUGGCUGUCUUUGAGAAGAGAGUGUAUGAUAUUUAAUGUAGGCUGGUAGUUUAUUCCUUUAGUCAUUGUGAACUCCUGUUCAACAUUAGUUUGUGUGUGUUAGUUUAAUUUUACUCACAAUCACAGCAGUGACAACUUUGCAUUUCACCAAUACAAUCCAGCACAUUGAGUGUCUCCACUUUCACCAAUCUGUACUAUAU